AUGAAUCCCUUGGAAAGCCCUGCAGGUGAUGUGGGUGCCUUUGGGUAUAUCAUUCUGAAUAAUCACCUUGGCCAUUAUCCACCGCAACUAUGGCCGGGCAAUGCGCCGCAUGAAGCAGCCGUUCGAAAGAUCAAUUGCGAUUGCACACCGGAAUUAGAUGGCUUCUCGUUCAAUAGUGACUCUGGCUAUCAACAAUACAGCGAGGCACACACGGUCUCGCGGCCACCUCUGACCGACAGGACCUUUGAUAGUUUUUCAUACUGGGAGGAAACCAACCCCGUUGGCGGCUCGACACCUAUUACGGCCACUGGCAGCGAUGUAACCCCAACAGCCGGCGACUUCCAAAGUCGAGUCGCCAUCUUCGACGCUCGUGGCCCGGAUCGUCCGACGCAAGGGGCGGAAGUCAAACUACAACAUCUUCACUGGGGCUCCGAUCAGCGUUUCACUCAAGUUGGCUAUGCGCCCACCCCCAAUCAAGUCAGCGAGGAAGAUGUCACCAACCGACUACUGAAGAAUAGCCGGUUCCUGAUUUCCCACUCACGCGCCUCCGUCUCGAGACAGGCCGGAAAAGUGCUGGCCGGCAUCGGUAUGGAGAUCGCGCAGCCGCCAGGGAUGGUCAGCAUUGGCCGCGCACGGCCAAACGAUGAUAAUAAUGCCCAAUUUGCAGGCAGUACUGGGUGUCUGAACCGCAAGACGGGUCUGGCGGGCCAGCCCAGGCAUUCUCGUAAGCUCAGGGAGAAACUGAGGAGGAAUCUCAGGGGCAAAGCAUAUGAGGAGCUGCAGGAUCUUGUGCCAGGGCUGAGGCAACAGGCACCCACCCAGAGCCAGAUCCUCAACGAAGCCUACAGUUGGAUUCAGGAGCUCAUAGACGAUAUAGGGGUUUUGAGAGCCCAACUCGAUGAGAUGGAAGCCAGGGAGGCGAUGUAA